AUGGCAUGCUUUAACAUGAUCGUGCUGCACCACAUGCCCCAGCUCGCCGAGGCUGUGCAUCAGGAUGACGACUGGACGGGCGUCACGGACGCCGGAGUGAGGCGCAGGAGACAGAAUCGACUCAAUUCGCGAGCUUUCCGACGCCGGCGGAAAGUGCUGGAAGAAGCAGCAGCAGCUGAGUCACAACCAUCCCAGACUCUUGGGCUGUCUCAAUCUCAAUUCCACACCGGCCAUCCUCCCGGACAACGAGCCAAUAGCCCUUUGAGGGAGAAAGAUGACGACGAAGCGCAAGGCGGACAGACGGAAGGCGAAGGUGAUAUCCUCGUCCCAUGCUGGAUCGAGGCUCGCCAAUGCGUCACAUCCUUGAGGAUGUCUAUGCUCGCGAACAAUCGGCCCCAAGGAUGCAGAAGAGCACUCCUUCCUUAUGAUGCCUCGUCGCCAGCACGCCUCGACCAGGUCAUCUUCCCCCUCUCCGCGGACCACCUGCUCACCUUAAUCCAGUACAACAUCCUCCGUGGGUGCCUGGAGAACAGACGACUUCUCAGGGAAGCGUUUCGGCGCAGGUGCAAGAGUGGAAACAAAACUGUUUGGCCCAAUGAUGACUGUCCUGUCGUUGGUUAUCAAGGUGAUGAUGACGAUGACGGGCGAGAAUGGUCCGCAACAGCCCUGACCGUCUUCCCGACCCUGACCCUGGACGGGGACGGCGAUGACGACGACGACGUGAUAGCACCUCUCUCUCGCAUACUCCCUCGGUCCCUGCACCCGACAAGCCUGCAAAACACCGUCCCGCACGCCGCGUGGAUCGACAUUCUCCCACACCCGGUCCUGCGGGACAAUUUGAUCCGUGCCACGACGUCGCUUUCUGUUUCAGAGUCGUCAGCUGCAGACGGUACGACAAAUUCAGCCUCAAACUUGUUCGGAGUAUUCGACCCAGACGACCUGUGGACCGACUCGGUGGGUGGGCUGUUCUUCGAGACCGGUCCGUCACCCGGCCCCGUAGAGGAGGGAAAGGAGGAGGAGGAGGAGGUUGCUGGCGCUGUGUUCGUGGGCGGAAUCGUCUGGUCGCCGCCCUGGGAUAUCAGCGGGUGGGAACUCUCAGAGGGCUUCUGGCGCAAGUGGGGGUGGAUGAUGAAGGGAUGUGCUGGGGAGGUGCUGGAGGCGACGAAUCGCUGGCGCAGACAGAGGGGCGAGGAGGAGCUCCAGCUCGGCUGGACGUCAGUUGGUUAG